AUGUACUUCACCAUCAAGACAUACACGAACACAGAAGCAGAUCUGAAGUUCAACACAAUCAAAUUUGAGGAGCUCCAAACAGUGGCUGACGAGAUAUCAUCAUGCUUAGAGAAGACAUGGUCUGAAAAUCGCUUUUUGAAGAAGAAGUUGGACAAUGUGCAAGACCUCUGUGACAAGUAUCAGACAAGGAUCAGUGAGUUAGAAGAAAGAUCAGCGGUGCUUGAGAAGGCUGUGGACAUAUAUCAGAGGCAGACAGCACGAAAACCAAAUGCUCUUGCACAUGACUUGAGGUUUGAUCGCCUGAUAGAGGACAUGAGGAAAUCGGAUCUGAAGGAGAGUGCACGGCUGAUGGAGCUGCUAGGAGUCUCAUUGCAAAACAAUCGCAACAUGCGCAAGGAUUUGGACGAACUAGAAAUGAAGUUGAGAGCGACGGAGGCAACAAGUGAGAAGAAGGAGGAGAAGAUGACUAGGAUGGAAGAAGAGAUGAAUGUCUUGCGAGAAAGCAAUGCACGACUUACGGAGGAUGUAUCUGGGGGUGAUAAGAGGCGGAAAGACAUCGUGAAUGAUAAGACGAGGAUCGAACUUCUCCUGUGCAAGAUCAAGUUCAGGAGGCAGGAAUGGUCCCGUGCACAGGCAUCAUGGAUGUAUGGGAUGAGGGGGAAAGUUGCAGUCAAUCCUUACUUGCAAUGUUGGAAGACCUUUACAUCGUCAUGCAAAUACAGGUCAUUUUGUCAUCGGUUUCUUACCAAGGGAUUCUGUCGGAAUGUGUGGAGAAAGUUUGUUGGUGGUUGGAUGGCAGUCACCAGGUGGAAAUUGAUGGGUCAGAAUAAGGUUGCAAAGCACAGGAAGUAUAGGAUGCACGUGAUGAAAUGCGCAACCUUCCAAGAUUGCAGGAUAAACACAUGUCACAUGAGACACACGAGAAGGAAAGCGAUCAACAUGCGGUCCAGGUUGGAGAGCAACAUCAUGUCCCACACGAUGAGACGGUGGAUGUUCUGCCAUUUCCGGAACUCCAUGGGGAGAUUACGAGCGUUGAGGGCAAGGAACGAUAAACUCGAGUCGGUCGCUACGUCUUCUCACUUGCGCAAGUUCAAACUUUCUUCGUUCCUCUCCUGGCUGUCGUGGCACAGAAGGUCCAUGUUUAUCAAGCGGAGCAUCCUUAGAAUUCUGCGAUCGGCGUACCUGCAGCUCAUGGCAAGAGCAACGUCGCAGUGGAGAUGUCAGACAGGUUUGAACAAGGGCCAUGCAAGCAGAGUCAGGCAAACUUCCGUCCAAGUCUCUCUGGAGGACUCUGUGCAUGAAAACAUCACAGUCCCUGACGAUGUGCCUCAUAUCACUGACGCUGUUCGAAUGGCAAAGUUCGGGUCGCGGAUUCUGCUUCGCGCCGGCAAAUACACGUGGGAAGGAUCUCUAGUGAUCCAGGGAGGCAUGAAGAUUGUCGGGGAGAGCAACAACAUAGGGGUCGUGCUGGAGGGAAGUGUGGUGACGUUCUUGAGCGACAAGGUCACGAUCAACGUGCAGGGAGGGCAGUGGAACUUCAAAGGCAAGGUUGCCUGCUCCAAGUGCAUCAUAGGAGGUGCCAGCCUUGAGAACUUUGGGUUGAUGAAGCAGGAGGCGCUGCUCGCCAUCGGCAAGUACCGCAACAGUCACCUCCUGACCGCUGCUACCGCAAACUUCGCGCUCAUUCAGAGCGGCAGCUCACGGGUGUCCUUGCACGAGAGCAGGGUCGACAACUCGACCUUUUGCGUGUUCCUCCAGGAAGCAUCCUCCUUCGCUGGGCAGGACACCGUCUUGUGCUCGCAAGGGAACGUGCUCAAGGUUCACAGCUUCGCCUCCUCCGUGUCGGUCCAGGUGCGAGAACCAACUGCGAGCUACUCUCCAGCUGAGACAGAGCAGAUGCUCGGGUGCGUCCUCAUCUCUCGAGGAGGGUUCAUCUUCCAGAUCGACUCCAGCAGCGUCUCAACCAUCGUCUCUCUCUCCUCGUGCUCGGUACCACCCGUCCUUCCCGCCCUCUACUUCAUCCUCCCCUCCACUGCUCUCCGUCCCUCCUCUUCAUGCCAGGUAGCUGACGACUCGGCAGCUGCAAGGGCACCUGUGGGAGCAUCUGCCAUGGAAGGACAUUGA